GGAACACACAGUCCAGAUGUGUUGAGCUGAACUUCAUCUUCAAGGCCAUACUCAGCAACUUAGCAAAGGAAAGCAGUCACUGAAAAAUAUUAGAAGACUUCUAUAGCACCUGGCCAUUGUAACAACAAUCUCUGUCUGCGCAAAAGAUAGAAGAGAAAAUUAUCAGAAACAUGGUUUGCUUAUGGUUCCUAUCUCUUCUUGCUUAUGGAUUUAUGAUAUUGGAGGAGGUGAAUUGUUGGACCUACCAUUAUUCAGACACAAACUUGACCUACAAUGAAGCAGAGCUGUGGUGCAAAGACAAGUAUACUAACAUGGUUGCCAUUCAGAAUAAGGAGGAAAUCAGCUAUCUCAAUAAUUUCUUACCCUUCAAUCCGGGUUACUACUGGAUUGGAAUCAGAAAAAUUAAUGAGACGUGGACCUGGGUUGGAACUAACAAAGAACUGACAGAAGAGGCAGAAAACUGGGCUGCAGGUGAGCCAAAUGGCAAAGGGAACAACGAGGACUGUGUUGAAAUCUACAUCAAAAGAGGGAAGGAUGAUGGCAGAUGGAAUGAUGCACAGUGUGAGAAAAAGAAGGUCGCCUUGUGCUAUACAGCUUCCUGCAACCCAUCUCUCUGCAGUGGCCGUGGGGAAUGCAUAGAGACUAUUAACAAUCACACCUGCCGCUGUAACCCUGGAUUCUAUGGGCCUGAAUGCGAGUUUGUUGAGACUUGUGACACCCUAAAGGAACCUGAUCAUGGGAGCCUGAAGUGUAGCCAUCCACUGAAGAGCUUCAGCUACAGCUCAUCUUGCACAGUUCAGUGUGAAAAAGGCUAUGAGCUGACUGGAGUAGAAUCAGUCCACUGUACCUCUUCUGGGGUCUGGUCUGCCUCUCUUGCAGAGUGCAAAGCUGUGACCUGUCCUGCUUUGGAAAUGCCUGCUCAUGGCUUUGUGAAUUGCUCCCAUUCCUCUGUGGAACUCAUGUGGGGCGCUACCUGUGAGUUCACCUGUGAGGAAGGGUUUGCCCUGACUGGACCAGCCACGCUGCAGUGUGGGUCUUCUGGGGCCUGGGACAGGCAGCAGCCAGCCUGUGCAGCUGUGAGAUGUGAGGCUAUAAACUGGCCAGAGGAAGGCUUUGUGAGCUGUGAGCAUGCUCCUGCAGAUCUCAUCUACCGCUCACGUUGUGAUUUCCACUGCAGCGAGGGCUAUGUUCUGCAGGGCCCGUCCAGUGUCCAGUGCAUGGCCCAGGGACAGUGGUCAGAGCCAUUCCCAAAAUGCAAAGCUGUGACUUGUCCUGCCUUGGAAAUGCCUGCUCAUGGCUUUGUGAAUUGCUCCCAUUCCUCUGCGGAGCUCAUGUGGGGUGCUACCUGCGAGUUCACCUGUGAGAAAGGGUUUGCCCUGACUGGACCAGCCAUGCUGCAGUGUGGGUCUUCUGGGGCCUGGGACAGGCAGCAGCCAGCCUGUGCAGUUGUACAGUGUGAACCACUGAGCUCUCCUGAGAAAGGCUUUGUGGACUGCUUACAUGGUGCUGGGAACUUCACGUACAGCACAGCCUGCCACUUCAGCUGCAUAGAAGGAUGGAGGCUGACUGGCUCACAUGUGCUUGAGUGCAGUCAUUCAGGAAACUGGAGUGCCAGUCUGCCCAUGUGUGAAGCUUCUGAACAAGCCAGCUAUCUCUCUGUGGGCAUUGCAGCCACAAGUGCCUCUCUGCUGUCCACAGUGUCAUUCCUCCUUUGGCUUGCAAGACGUUUUCAAAGAAAAGCAAAGAAAUAUACUCCUUCCAGUAGCUGUCAGAGCCUCACUGUUGAAGGUAGUUUCCAGAGUGCUGGCCAGAAUGUCUGAAUAGAAAUGUUUCAGGAUUUGAAGCCAUCUUUACUUAUGUCUCAGAGAUUUAUAAGAAACAAAACUGCAUGCAGAUCAGCAGCUGUCCAGAUGUUUUUACCUCUUGCUGACAAGAUGAUUCACCUUGUUUAUUAGUAAGACAUUUUGAACUCAAGCUGUCUGAUAUUUCCAUUGAAGACAAACAAGCAGAGGGCAAAACUCUGGCCCUCUGGCAAAAUGCAGUCUACCUUCAGUCACGCAUUUGUACUGGGAGUUUGCCAUCUCUUCUCCAGAUGGUGAGCAAAUAGUAAGCUGCUUUGUAAAGAGGAGGCUGGUUUCUCCUCUGGACUACUUGAAGGUACCUAGGUGAGGUGGAGACAUGCAUUAUUUCCCAUCACUUACUAUGCUGCUGGAGAGGUCUCCUCUGGAGACACAUGGGUUAUAUUUGCAGAAACAAAAUAACUGGGGAUGAAAAAGUAUUCAUUGAGUUCCUUUGAAGCCUUCGAUCUGGCUUAUUGUUAAAGUCUGUUUAUUUUAACAGCAUGUCAAAAAGUAUGCCUGUAACAAUAUGGGCAGUUAUUUGGGUUUCUGCUGCAUGUCCUAGGAAGAUUUUGGACUUUAAACUCAUGUUGUAGCAGCACUACAAGUGUUAGUGUCUAUUCUAGGUACUCUGGUUUGAGUGCAGCAAGUGGAUCUGAAAUGUUUUCAUCCCAAUGGGAUUAUGCACUGUAAUAUAAGUGUUUAUAUAAUAUUUAAUUGUGCAUUUGUUUACUGUGGGUAUUUCUGUACUGUUUAACUGUAGAAGUACUGUAAAAUAUCUGCCUCUGAGUAGGUCUGUGGCCAUUGAUCUGGGCCUGGGUAAUUUUAAAAUAAAUUAAAGAUG